CCAUAAAAUACUUGACGACAUAACCAACAAUCUAUUUGUUUUAGUUAGUCAAAGAUAAAGGAAAAAUGAGCCACUUUCAUUCUCCAAUGCCCAAUAGAGAUUUUCUUUGGGGCGUAUUCCAAAGAAUUGAUACAGACAGAAGUGGUUUUAUAAAUGCCCAGGAGCUUCAACAGGCGCUCUCGAACGGAACAUGGAGCCCCUUCAAUCCUGAAACAGUCCGUCUUAUGAUCGGCAUGUUUGAUAAGAGAAAUAUGGGUCAAGUGAGUUUUGAUGACUUUGGGGCGCUAUGGAAAUACGUGACGGACUGGCAAAACUGUUUUAAGUCAUUCGACAGGGACAACUCUGGUAAUAUUGAUCAACAGGAGCUUAAGGCUGCCCUUACAACUUUCGGCUACAGAAUUUCUGAUCAAUUGGUCAGUGUUAUGAUCAGCAAAUUUGACAGGCAUGGGAACAGAACUAUAUAUUUUGACGACUUCAUUCAGUGUUGUAUUAUUUUACAUACAUUAACAGCAGCCUUUAGGCAGCAUGAUACAGAUCAGGAUGGUGUGAUAACAAUACAUUAUGAACAGUUUUUGAACAUGGUUUUCAGCUUGAAAAUUUAAAUUGAACUGUUUUAUAUUACUGUUGUGAUAUUCAAGGCAAAGAUAUUUGUAUUUUUUUAUUAUUAAAUAUUAAUAAUUUACUUAUACAUCAAUAUAAUAUUAAAUAAAUAUGUUUAUAUGUCUAAUAAAAAUUGUCUUCCUAUCUGUUAUUCUAUUUAAGAAUUGUUAUGCAAAUAAGGUACAAACAUUUUAUAUCUAUUUAUAUCUAUUGCGUUAUCGAUAAAAAUAAAUCAAAUUUGACAACAGAA